AAAAGAGCAGGAUGGGAUUUAAAAGGACAGUUAGAAGAUAUGAAGGCUUUGGUCCAGUCUCGUGAGAUGAUGAGCUCAGAGCUUCAAACUCAAUUAGAUAGUUAUAAUCAACGAAUUAUCUCCCUUGAAUCUCACAAUAAUCACCUGUCAGGAACUGUCAAUCAGAAAGAACAGCAGACGGAAAGUAUUUCACGGGAAAUUGAGGAUUUGAAAAGGAAGCUGAGAAAUAGUGAGGAUGAUUUAGACGGUACGAAACGAAGAUUACAGAGAGAAAUAGACGAUUUAUCAUUCUCAAAAUCUACCCUAGAACGACAGAAAGACAGUCUGGCAGGGGAGCUAACUGCUAGUCAAACUGAGAUUACUGCCAGCACCAAUAUAAAAAUUAAAGAUACAACUAUAAUGGAACUACGAGAGAUGAUCAGGAUACAUGAGGCUAAGAUACGUGAACAGGACGAAGAACUAAUUAAUCAGGAGACCAUGAGACGAAAACUUCAUAAUACUAUACAGGAACUUAAGGGUAACAUCAGAGUGUUCUGUCGAGUACGACCGUUACUAGGUAACGAAACACAAGAUAAUGAUGGUGUUAUAGGUCACAUGACAUUCCCUGAUAAAGAUGGUAAAGUUCUAGAAAUGGAGAAACUUGGAGACAGUACAAUAUUAAACUCAACUCGUGGUGGAAACAAACUUCUCUUCUCAUUUGAUAAAGUUUUUGAUCCAGUUUCCUCACAGGCCGUAGUUUUUGAAGAAAUAUCACAACUAGUUCAGAGUGCGCUAGAUGGUUAUAAUGUGUGUAUAUUUGCCUACGGUCAGACAGGGUCAGGUAAAACGUAUACGAUGGAGGGAGGGAGACUAGAGGAAGAGGAUAAAAUAGGAAUGAUACCUCGAGCUGUAAGACAGAUCUUCUCUACUGGAUUACAAUUACAACAGCGAGGAUGGACAUAUACCUAUAUUGCCAGUAUGUUGGAAAUCUAUAAUGAAACAAUACGUGAUUUAUUAUCUGAAGAUCAGACUCUAACCCAUGACAUUAAAAUGAAGGGAAAGGAUUCAGGAGAUGUUCACGUUACCAAUUUAACUACUGUUAAUGUUACUCAAGAAUCAGAGGUAUUUGAUCUAUUAAAGAGAGCAUCUCACAACCGAGCUGUAGCUGAAACAAAAUGUAAUGAGAGAUCAUCUCGAAGUCAUUCUGUAUUUCAACUUCAUAUCACUGGUAAAAACUCAUCUACAGAUGAAUCUUGCCAAGGUACCCUGAGUUUGGUUGACCUGGCUGGUAGUGAGAGAUUGAAACAAUCUGGGUCAGAAGGUCAAAGGUUAAAGGAGACAUUGUGUAUCAAUAAAAGUCUAAGUAACCUUGGUAACGUCAUCAUGGCUCUAGGAAAACAGGACAGUCAUAUUCCAUAUAGAAACAGUAAAUUAACAUAUCUUCUACAGAAUUCACUAGGUGGAAACAGUAAAACAUUGAUGUUUGUUAAUAUAAACCCACGGGAAGAAUUCUUUAAUGAAUCUCUAAAUUCCUUACGUUUUGCCACCAAGGUAAGUUCAUGUGUUAUACAAGGGAGACUCAUUUUGAUGUCAUGGGAGUGA